AUGGCUCCACGUGCGCGAAAAUCUAUACAACUUCCUCCGGUUGGCGCGGAGGAUCGGUAUCAAAGACUGGCUCUUGAUCGAUGCCUGCUGCAUUGA